AUGGUGAUGUUACGGAGGUCUAGCGGUGGAGCGGAGGGACCGAGGCGGGGGGAUGUGGACAUGGACUCGAGCUCAGAGUUUCUGUCUCUGCGGCGCUCUGUGAGAAAGUCCGCCCGGCUCAACAGCGGCCUGGACCACAGUUACAGCAGCACUGGGAACAGCCCGCCUCACGAUUAUGUGUCUGCCAAGGAUGAAAGCAGCUUGGCCAAAGGUGUCAUAAAGACCAGAGGCCAAACAGACAAACAAGGUGUAUCUUUUGCAGAUAGUGAAAAAUCAAACCAGUCUCCUGAAAAAGAGGAGAAAAGCAUGACUCAUAUAAGGAAAUCCCAAAGGUUGCAGAAGGAUGAAGAGAAGUCUGGUGACGAGAUUAAUGUCGUAGAUGAAAUUGACCGGGCACCAGCUUCCGAGAGUCUUCGUGCCAGGUUACGAGAGAGGAAGGUGGAUAGCGCUGUCAGACGCAGCUCCAGAAUCACCAAAUACAAGUUUGAUGCCAGGGACCAGUCUGUCCUGUAUGACAGGCUCAUCACCAACACGGCUGAGGCCGUUCUUCAAAAAAUGGACGACAUGCAGAAGAUGCGAAGGAGGCUGAGGAGCAGAGACUCUAAUGAAGAGGAUCUCAUGAGGUACUCUGGAUCUAAGAGGAAGAGGACCACACGAUCCACAGAGAAAACAGUUGAGGAGACUCCUGAUGAGCAAGAGAACGGUCAUGAUGAAUUUAGUGAACAAGAGGAGGAUAAUGAAGACGAGGAAGGAAUAAGAGAGGAGGAAGACCAUGAUGAGGGAGAUGAUGUGGAUGAUGAUGAGGAGGAGGAAGACGACAAUCAAAAACGCUAUGAAUUCAGACAGAGAAAAGCUGUUGUACGCUACCAAGCUCCUCUUGAAGAGCCGAGGAAGCAGAGUAUAUUUUUCCGCCGGCACUCUACCCCAACCAGGCGGAGGUACGCUUUCAGCACCACAGGGCCACGCAGCCCGUACAGCAGACGAAGAAGCAGCAGACGGAGACAUGCCAUCCACAGUAGCGACUCGACCUCAUCCUCGUCGUCUUCAUCAUCUGAUGAUGAGAAGUUUGAGAGACGUAGAAUUAAGUCUCGGAACAGGUCAACAAACAGAUGCCUUCCAAUGAAUUUACGGAAAGACGAUUUGUUAGGACUCCACAAAGACAGAAUCAAGAUCGGAGCAAGCCUCGCAGAUGUUGAUCCAAUGACAAUUGACCAGACGGUGCGCUUUGACAGUAUUGGUGGUUUGAACAGACAUAUCUCGGCUCUAAAGGAGAUGGUCGUGUUUCCUCUGCUGUACCCUGAAGUCUUUGAACGGUUUAAGAUUCAGCCUCCAAGAGGCUGUCUGUUUUACGGGCCUCCUGGUACAGGGAAGACCCUGGUUGCGCGGGCCCUGGCCAACGAGUGCAGCCAGGGUGAGAAAAAGGUUUCCUUUUUCAUGAGGAAAGGAGCAGACUGCCUCAGCAAGUGGGUGGGAGAGUCCGAGAGACAGCUUAGACUUCUCUUUGAUCAGGCGUACCAGAUGCGUCCCUCCAUUAUUUUUUUUGAUGAGAUAGAUGGGAUUGCACCAGUUCGAUCCAGCAGGCAGGAUCAGAUCCACAGCUCCAUAGUGUCCACACUGCUGGCUUUAAUGGAUGGUUUGGACAGUCGUGGUGAGGUGGUCGUCAUCGGUGCCACUAACCGGCUGGACUCUAUAGACCCUGCACUUAGACGACCUGGACGCUUUGACAGGGAGUUUCUCUUUAGUCUUCCAGAUAGAGAGGCUCGCAAAGACAUUUUAAAGAUUCAUGUGAGAGAAUGGAAUCCGCAGCCAUCCAAUGCUUUUCUUGAAGAACUGGCGGACAAGUGUGUUGGUUACUGUGGGGCGGACAUUAAAGCAGUGUGUGCAGAAGCGGCCUUGUGUGCCCUGCGCCGCCGCUACCCUCAGAUCUACACCUCCUCUCAGAAGCUCCUCCUGGAUGUUUCAUCCAUCAACGUGGAAGGCCGUGACUUCCUCUCUGCCAUGAGGAAGAUUGUACCUGCUUCACAAAGAGCUGUGGCUUCUCCUGCCAAAGCUUUAACACCGGUCAUUCAACCCUUGCUGGCUAACACGCUCAACAAUGCAUUAAAGGCCCUGCAGAAAGUUUUUCCUCACAUGGAGCAGGGCAUCAAGAAGAAGAAGAAAGACAAUGAUGGAGUGACUGGGGUUCUUGACGACCUGUUACACAGUGAUGACGAGGCAUCGUCUAUUUGCACUAGUAACCCCGCUCAGGCAAAUGCAGGCCAAACUAAAUCCUUUCUCCUUUUGACCAGAAGUGCUGUCCAGGAGCCAACCACAUUCAGACCCAGGCUGCUGCUUUGUGGAGAUCCGGGCUCAGGUCAGAGUACACACCUGGGUCCUGCCGUGCUUCACACUUUAGAGAAGUUUACUGUCUACACACUAGACAUGGCGGUGCUGUUUGGAGUCAGCACUACCAGUCCUGAGGAGGCCUGUGCACAGUUGUUCUGCGAGGCUAAAAGAACUGCCCCCAGCAUUCUGUAUAUACCUCACAUGCAGCGCUGGUGGGACACGGUGAGCUUGGCACUCAAGGCCACCUUUCUCAGCCUUCUACAGGACAUCCCUUCCUUCUCGCCAAUUCUCCUUCUCGCUACCUGUAGCCUGUCCUAUUCCAGCCUCUACCCAGAGGUGCAGGAUUUGUUUCGUUUAGAGUACGGGGAAGUGUUCAACGUCCCGCUUCCCAGUGAGGAAGAGAGACGGAGAUUCUUUGGGGAUCUUAUUCUAAAUCAAGCUGCCAAACCCCCUGCAUCUAAGAGAGAAGCAGUGCUCCGGGCCCUGGAGGUUCUCCCGGUGGCCCCUCCACCUUCUCCUCGCCAGCUUUCUGAACAAGAGCAGCAGAAGCUAGAGGAACAGGAAGAAGACACUCUCAGGGAACUUCGGCUGUUCCUGCGUGAUGUCACUAACCGGCUUGCACAGGACAAGCGCUUUAAAGCUUUCACUAGGCCAGUGGAUACAGAGGAGGUUCCUGAUUACACUACAGUUAUUAAACAGCCCAUGGACCUGUCUACAGUUCUGGCUAAAAUAGACCUGCACAAAUAUGUUACUGUAAAAGACUACCUUCAUGAUAUGGACCUGAUCUGGAAGAAUGCUCUGGAGUACAAUCCAGACAAAGAUCCAUCAGAUCGUCUGAUCAGGCACCGUGCCUGCGCACUUAAGGACACUGUUCAUGCCAUUAUUAAAGAUGAACUGGAUGAAGAGUUUGAGAAGAUCUGUGUUGAGAUCAGGGAGUCUCGCAAUAAACGAGGGUGCACUACCUCAAGGUAUACCCCAACCUAUUACCACGUUCUGCCUAAAGUCUCAGCAUACUCAGAGCCAAAGACUACCGACUGUGGAGCCUCAAAAGAAACAGAUCUUGUUUCACCAACAGUCACUACACCAAAACAACCUGGCACCCAAAAGAAAAAGAGACGCAGGAGGUUGUGGAGCAACGGCUUCGUCCGCAAAAAGAAAUCCUCACAUUCACACUCCAAAGACACGAAUGAAGCCGAGUCGGACGAAGAGGAGGAAGAGGAUGAAGAUGAAAUCAGAAAGAUUGCAGAAAAUGAGGAAGGUGACAGUAAAGAAAAUGAUUUGGAAUCUGAACCGAUGCAUGUAGAGAAUAAGAAAGAUGACACUACUUCAGCCAAAGACAGCAAUGGACCAGUUUCCUCGGUCAGCCAGAAUGGAUGUGUUGGCAGUGAGGAAGAAGAGCACUUCGGUACCAGUUCUGGAGAUGGAGUAUUGACCGAAAAAACUUCUCCUGUUGUUAAUGGAGAGAGUAGAGAGGGCGGUGAGGUGGAUCUAGUGAAGAUUGUUGAUGAUAAGAGGGGGGAGCUGAGUGUGAAGGAGGAUGCAGGGAUAGAAAAGGGGAUAAGACGCAUGACCAGAGGCUUAAGAAUGCAGGCUCAGCAGCAGCAGGUCCUCAAUGCUGACACUGCCAUGAAGAUCUUGGAGCACAGGAGCCAGCCACUAAUCGUAGAUCGAAGCAAGCUAAAGGAGCUAUUACAGAAAGUGAUUGUGAAGACGGAGGGGCAUGAGGUGGACCGUCUGGAGAAGCUUUACGCUCUUCUGUGCCAGAGCAUUUACAGACAUAGGAAAGAUUAUGACAAGACUGCACUUAUACAGGAGAUGUCAAAGGAAGUGGAAGAGUUUUUAUGAAUGUUCACAUGAACUGGACACUCGACUAUGGCUGUAGUGUUUAUGCACUAAUACAAGCAUAUAAAUUAUAUUUUACUGGAUUCUGGUUAUUACUAUUCUGCUGUAUAUUCUUGUACUUCUAUUAAAGCUUU